GAUGGAGGAGGAGAAUGGAGGGGCGAGAGAUAGCAGCAGUGCAGCCAGAGCGAGUCUGCCGUCAGUGUUUACUCCACUUUCCCUGAGAGCCGGUUAUCUCCCCCCUGCGUGAGUCAUGAAGUGAUUUAGUGUAGGUGAGCAGCAGCAGAGAGCCACACACCCGCUGGCGUGGGUCUGAAUCGUGGGUAGCUGUCGCAUGCAGUCUGAGUGUCCGUGCCAGCACAGAAGGCAGCCUCUCACAAGCAGCAGACGGCGACACACACGACUAUGAGGCUGCUAUGGAAGUCUGUGGACAAGAUGAGGUGUCUGAGGAAGCGAUCCACUCUGCCGGUCCUCACUUUCCUCGUCACUUCUCUCCUCUUUUUCAACGUCUACAUGGAUGAUGGAUAUGUGCUGGAAACAGAAAAAAGACCCCUGGGAGACACACUGACUCAUCCAGCAAACUCUGAAAGAUACAGUCACACAUUGCGGGAUCUGUCAAAUUUCUCUGGCAGUAUAAAUGUAACAUAUCGCUACCUCGCUGGAGUUCCUUUGCCGCGCAAGAAAUAUCUCACCAUUGGUUUGGCGUCUGUCAAGAGAAAAAGAGGAAACUACCUGCUGGAGACGAUCAAAUCCAUAUUUGAUCAGUCAAGUUAUGAGGAGUUGAAAGAGAUCGUGGUCGUGGUCCACCUGGCAGACUUCGACCUGGUCUGGUGUGAGAACCAGGUCCAGGAAAUCACCAGGAAGUUUGCUCACCACAUCAUAGCUGGACGCCUGUUGGUCAUCCAGGCUCCAGAGGAAUACUAUCCCUCUCUUGAUGGGCUGAAAAGAAACUACAACGACCCAGAAGACCGGGUUCGUUUUCGUUCGAAGCAGAAUGUGGACUAUGCUUUCCUCCUCAACUUCUGCACUAACCUGUCCCACUUCUACAUGAUGCUGGAGGACGAUGUGCGCUGUUCCAGAAACUUCCUGACAGCGCUGAAGAAGGUGAUUGCCUCCAGAGAGGGCACCUACUGGGUAAUGCUUGAGUUCUCCAAGCUGGGCUACAUCGGGAAGCUGUACCACUCCAGAGACCUGCCACGUUUGGCUCAUUUCCUCCUCAUGUUCUACCAGGAAAUGCCUUGUGACUGGCUCCUCAUCCAUUUCAGGGGUCUGCUGGCCCAGAAGGACGUGAUCCGCUUCAAGCCCUCACUGUUCCAGCACAUGGGCUACUACUCCUCUUAUAGAGGAGCAGAGAACAAGCUGAAGGAUGACGAUUUUGAGGAAGACUCCAUUGACAUCCCUGAUAACCCCCCUGCCAGCCUUUACACAAACAUCAACGUCUUUGAAAACUACGAUGCCACCAAGGCUUACAGCAGCAUUGUAGAUGAGUAUUUCUGGGGGAAACCUCCCUCCACUGGUGACUUCUUCCUCGUAAUCUUCAACAGAUCAACAAAAGUUAGCAGAAUCAAAAUUGUGACGGGCACAGAGGACAGACAGAAUGAUAUUCUUCACCAUGGAGCACUGGAAGUUGGCCAGACGUCAGUGGAGACCAAGCAGGGCAGACAGUGUACAUCCUACAUCACAUUAGGGGAGUUUAAAGCUGGCAGCAUUGAGGUCAACAAGGUGGACUACAAAAUUGGUUUUGAUAUCGAGUGCAUUCGAAUAGUUAUUACAGCCAGUCAAAAAGAAUGGCUCAUUAUAAGAACUAUCAGUCUAUGGACCACACAGCCUGCCAGCCAAUGAGAGGACCAGAAGUUCAUCUCUGAAACGUUUCUGUUCAUUUUGUCGUCAAAUUGACUUUUGCUGUUUUGUGAAUGCAAAUCAAUCCAAAUUUUCUUGGGUUGUUCUUGGGCUGUAAAAUUUCACUGGAAUGUAUUAAAAGAUGUGUACAUGGAAACCUUUAUACUUAUUUAAUUGUCUUUUAAAAAACUAUCCUUGGUUGGUGUCAUUUUUUUUCUGUCAAAUCUAAAUUUAUGGUUGAAGAAAUUCAGCUACAAUGUUCUAAAUGCACCGUUUCCUCCAAAUUUUCUGAGAAAGCUUUAAAUAAUGGAAAAAAAGUGCAGGACGUCCUUUUUUUUCUUGCUUUUAUUUAUUACAAGUCAAACAUUGCUUUAAGUGGCUGAUUCUCACUUCUAAAAAGAAAAUCUCUUCAUAAAGAAGUGAGAUAAGGAGGGAGAAGAUGGUUUGUUUGGUUUCAAGUGGUGCUCAAGUGUCACAGAAAAUAUUUGAAGGUGUCAACAAUGCAAAAACUGUUGUCAGGCAACAAUUUGAAAGUGCUUGAAAUCCCAUUCCUUUUUUACUUAUGAUUAUGCAGCUUUUAGGCCAAAAAAAAAAAAAA